AUGGACGAAAUCGGACCAGACUUCCCAUUCAAGGCCACGCCUAAGGCUGUGCCCCUAACACUCAAGAUUGAUCACGACUGCGGCGUCAAAAUCACAACAUCUCCCGCGAUCAAUAACCCUCCACUGCCCGCCGAUGGCCCUGGCAACGAGACCUUCUCAAACGGACUUUUGAUUUCUCUCUUGAUUCUUGUCCCCACGUGCACAGCAUGGAAGUUGGGUGGCGGGUUCAAGACCACGGUGUUCUUCGCCCUUAUCACCACUCUUCCAAUUCUGAUCACCUUCUGGGCCAUCGCCUCCGCCACAGCCCCGCGCGCGAACGAGAGAGUCAAGUGCCCAGGCCUUCCUGUGGAACACUACUUGACCUUUCAUAAGGAAGAAGAUCGGAUUAAGUACCAAGGACGGAACAAGGUUCCAAUUGAGACAUUCAUGCGCAAAUACUUCGACGGUGACGCGGACUUCAACGGCGACGUCCUCGAAGUCCUGGAGUACCGUCAUGAUUGGGCGUCUUUCCGAUUCACAUGGGAGCUAUUUCGAUUCAUCAUUGUCAAUUUUGCUACCGACGUCCUCGUCCACAGCCGAUCUCAGGAUGAAGACCAAGUUCGAGAACACUACGAUCGUGGUGAUGACUUCUACGCUUGGUUUUUGGGUCCGCGAAUGGUCUAUACGUCCGGCAUCAUCUCCGAUAUGACCAAGGAGGAGUCUCUCGAACAGCUACAGGACAACAAGCUCGCUGUCGUGUGCGAAAAGAUUGCCCUGAAGCCUGGCGAAACCCUCUUGGAUAUUGGUUGCGGUUGGGGUACGCUUGCCAAGUUUGCUAGUGUCAACUAUGGCGCAAAAGUAACGGGCAUCACUCUCGGGCGUAACCAAACCAAGUGGGGAAAUGAGACCCUGCGCAGAGCUGGCGUAACGGACUCUCAAAUUCACUGCAUGGACUAUCGCGACAUGCCUAAGGCCAAAUACGACAAGAUUACUUGCCUGGAGAUGGCCGAGCAUUGUCGCGAUAUGCUGGAGGAUGACGGCGUCAUGCAUCUCCAGAUUGCAGGCAUCCGACAAGCUUGGCAGUAUGAGGAUCUGGUUUGGGGCUUGUUCAUGAACAAAUAUGUUUUCCCGGGCGCAGACGCAUCUACGCCACUCGCGUAUUAUAUCGGGUUUUGCGAACGGGCUGGCUGGGAAGUCAAAAGCGUGGACACCAUUGGCGUUCACUACUCGGCCACAAUCUGGCGCUGGUAUCGGAACUGGCUGGCGAACGAAGCUGACGUCACGGCCAAGUACGGAGUGAGAUGGUUCAAGAUCUGGAAGUAUUUCCUCGCAUCAGCCACCAUCUCCUCCCGUCAAGGCUCUGCGACCUGCUACCAGAUCACUCUGGUCAAGAACAUCAACAGCGUUCACCGUAUCGACGGAGUCUCCACGCAAUUUGCACUCUCAACUGCCCUUGGGGCAAGUAAGAAGGCCGGCAGGGCAGUAUUUCCAGCCGAUAAGUAA